AGGUAACCGCACGGAUUGGUGAGCUGAACCCAGAACGGUAGAUAUCCAAAUGCUGUCGAAUGGCGAACAAAGCACCACAAAUCCAUUCAAAUAACCUCACUUCACCUGCCCAAUCUCAAAGCUUGGAAGAGACACAGCCCGCAUGGGCGUUCACUCACCUCUUCUCAGGCUUGCUCAGUACCUACCUCUUCUCAGGCUUUCUCAGUACCCAAGAAGGCAGGUGAUACAAAACUCCUUUUCUUUCGCCUUGUGAUGCUUAUUGGUUUUAGUCUCCAGAAAGAAUUGGUAUUUGAUAGAGAUAAUACUAUAGAAGAAACAAGAUUCUUCCUUUAAGAAAUUUUCGAUGGUUUCGACCGUUAUAGAGCUCCGCUACUCCAAAAUUUCUUAUAACAAUCACAACGGUCUCGAAACCAAUGGCGAGACUGCAGCUUUCAAUCACUUGUUUCCGUUCAGCAGGCGAAAAAUUAGGAUUUCAAAUCUAUUCCCAUCAUCCGGUCGAUCCAUCUAUCAUUGCGAAUCCAAGAAAAAUCAUCUGAUUCUUUGUCAGUUUGGCGAGACAAAUUCCCAUGGCAUCCAAGUGAAGAAGAAACAGGAAGAUGGUGUGAAUUCAGAUAAUGUUGUCGAUAUUCUCAAGUCGAUUUCGGACCCAGUCCGGGCGCUGUCGAUCUUCAAGUCGAUAGCGCAGCAGCCUGAUAUUGUUCACACGACUGAAUCCUACAAUUACAUGCUUGAAUUUAUGAGGAUUCAUGGUAGAGUGGAAGACAUGGCUCUGGUGUUUGACUUAAUGCAGCAACAAAUUGUAAAGAGGAAUACAACCACCUUCUUGACGAUCUUUAAGGCUUUCCGCAUCCGGGGAGGACUCCGGAGUGCCCCCUUUGCUUUGUCAAGGAUGAGGGAAGCAGGCUUUGUGUUGAAUGCAUUUUCUUAUAAUGGUUUGAUACAUUUCCUUCUCCAAUCCGGUUUUGUUCGGCAGGCCAUGGAAGUUUAUGGGCAAAUGAUAUUGGAAGGGGUAGCACCGAGUCUGAAGACUUAUUCUGCUCUCAUGGUGGCACUAGGGAAGAGGAGGGAGACUGAAGCUGUGCUGAGGCUUUUGAGUGAGAUGGAAGGUUUGGGAUUGAGACCGAAUGUGUACACUUUCACCAUUUGCAUCCGGGUGCUCGGUCAAGCUGGAAAGAUUGAUGAAGCUUAUGGGCUUCUGAGGAGAAUGGAGGAAGAGGGGUGCAGACCUGAUGUUGUGACUUUUACUGUACUUAUAGAAGUUCUCUGUGAAGCUGGGCAGCUCGAUAGAGCGAAGGAGUUGUUCUGGGAGAUGAAGUCAAGUGAUCAGAAACCAGAUAGGGUGACGUACAUCACGUUGCUGGACAAGUUUGGAGACAGUGGUGAUUUGGAAUUAGUGUGGGAGUUUUGGAGGGAAUUGGAAGCUGAUGGCUAUGAUGCCGAUGUUGUUAUGUUUACUGCUGUUAUAAAUGCUUUGUGCAAAGAAGGUAGGAUUGAAGAAGCUUCUGAACUGUUGGGUGUAAUGGGAAAGAAGGGCAUAUCGCCUAAUCUGCAGACCUAUAACACAUUGAUCGGUGGUCUCCUGAGAGCAAAUAGACAGGAUGAAGCUGAAGUGCUCUUUAACCAUGUGGAUGCUCAUGGACUGAAACCAACUGCCCACACCUAUAUCCUUUUCAUUGAUUACUAUGGGAAGCGUGGAGAGUUCGAGAAAGCUUUUGAUAUGUAUGAGAUAAUGAAGAAUAGGGGGGUUGUUCCAGAUAUUGUUGCUUGCAAUGCAUGUUUGUAUGGUCUUGCUGAGUCAGGAAGGCUUGGACAGGCAAAAGAAGUUUUCUAUGAACUAAGAGCUGUUGGACUCUCUCCAGAUGCUAUCACCUAUAAUAUGAUGAUUAAAUGCUGCAAUAAGGCUGGGAAAGUUGAUGAAGCUGUCAAGAUGUUCUCUGAGAUGAUAGAAAGUGGGUGCAAGCCAGAUGAGAUUACAGUCAACUCUCUGAUUGAUGCGCUCUACAAGGCCGGCAGAGAGGAUGAAGCUUGGAAACUGUUCCACAGAAUGAAGGAGCUGAAUCUUGAGCCCACUGUGGUGACGUACAACACACUAUUGGCAGGACUGGGAAAGGAGGGUAAAGUUCAAGAGGUGAUGGAUUUGUUUCAGGAAAUGAAUAGUCACAAUUGUCCUCCAAAUACAAUAACUUACAACACUCUACUGGAUUGUCUCUCCAAAAAUGGUGAAGUGGAUCUUGCCUUGGACAUCCUUUAUGGGAUGACAGAGAAGGACCGUAUGCCAGACCUUUUAUCUUACAACACCGUCAUUUAUGGUUUAGCUACAGAAGAUAGAGUUAAUGAAGCAUUGUGGCUCUUUCAUCAGAUGAGAAAAGUUUGCAUACCUGAUUUUGUAACUUUGUGCAGCAUCCUUCCACGUUUCAUUAAAAAUGGACUGGCAAAGGAUGCUCUGCAGAUCACCAAAGAAUAUAUGCUUCAGCCAGAUGCUCAAAGAGAUAGGUUCUCCUGGGAAGCUCUAAUGGAAGGGAUAUUAGGUGAAGCUGGAUAUGAUCAGUCGGUUAAAUUUGCUGAAUGGAUUGCUACAAGUGGUGCUUGUCAAAAUGACUACUUAUUAUGCCCUCUGAUUAAGUUUCUCUGUAAGCAUAAGAAAGCUGUUGAUGCACACAAACUGUUUGAGAAAUUCAAGAGCUAUGGAAUAUCACCAACCAUUGCAGCAUAUAAUCUUCUUAUCACUGGGCUCCUAGAAGCCCAAUAUAUUGAGAUUUCUCAAGGUCUUUUCAUGGAAAUGAAAAAGGUUGGCUGUACUGCAGAUGUUUUCACCUACAAUGCAUUAAUGGAUGCUUUGGGAAAGUCUAUGCGGAUUGAGGAAAUGUUGAAGUUGUAUGAGGAGAUGCAUGCAAGGGGAUGUGAACCGAACAACAUUACCUACAAUAUAGUCAUUUCAGGCCUUGUCAAGUCUAAAAGAUUGGAUCAGGCUAUUGAUUUCUACUGUGAUUUGAUUAGCAGAGAUUUCUCACCUACCCCAUGUACAUAUGGUCCUCUCAUUGAUGGGCUUUUGAAAUCGGGAAAGAUGAAUGAGGCAGAAAAUAUGUUCAAUGAGAUGGUGGACUAUGGAUGCAAACCUAACUGUGCUAUCUAUAAUAUUCUUAUAAAUGGAUUUGGGAAGGCUGGUGAUGCAGAAAAGGCUUGCAAAUGGUUUGAAAAAAUGGCCAGGGAGGGAAUUAGGCCAGAUGUGAAGUCGUACACCAUCCUUAUUGAAACCCUUUGCAUGGUGGGUAGAGCAGAUGAUGCUCUCUCCUAUUUUGAGGAAUUGAUGGAAACUGGGCUUGAGCCUGACUUGAUUGCAUAUAAUUUAAUGAUUAAUGGUCUUGGAAAAUCUCAGAGAUUAGACGAAGCUAUUGCUCUUUUCAAUGAAAUGCAAAAUAGGGGAAUCUUUCCUGAUCUGUAUACAUAUAAUUCCUUAAUUCUCAACCUUGGGAAGGCAGGGAGGAUAGCUGAAGCUGGAAAGAUGUAUGAAGAACUCCAACUCAAAGGGUUCCAGCCUAAUGUUUUUACAUACAAUGCUCUUAUUCGAGGUUAUAGUGCAUCAGGUAAUGCUGACCAUGCAUAUUCUGUCUAUAAAAACAUGAGGGUUGGAGGGUGCAGCCCCAAUUCAGGGACAUUUGCACAGCUUCCUAAUGAAUCAUGACACAUAAUUUAGAACUUGUGUACAUGUAUCCCAUUUUUUUGUACAUUAGAUAUUUAUUCAGGGAAAGAACUCGGUGACUACUGACAGAUAAUGCUGUAACAAAUCCAAUAGUUCGAGUUUUUUGUAAUUUAAACCUGAUUUCACUUUUUCAAUU